GAUAAUUCGCUAUUUUUUAAUUUUGACCAUUUUUAUGGAUAAAAACCUUGUCGAUACUUUCUCUGCGGAAGUUGGUGGAGAAUCUAUAAAUAAAUUGAGGCAGUUUGGAAAUGAAUAUUCUGAACAAGCUGAGGUGGAGGCUGCUGAAAAAGUAAUUAAUGCGAUGCGCUAUUAUCAACAAUAUUGCUUGAAGAAAUUGAAGCGGAGAUCUGAUGCUAUAAGAAGCCUUCUAGAAGAAGACAAAGCUUUGCUUGUGGCAUCUUGUACUGAACAUAUGAGGCGUGUACGUGAAUGUGUGGAACAAAAUCAAAAAUUGCUCGAAAUGAUUGUCCAUUGUGGUGCUAACAUUUUGGGUGGAAGUGUUCAAAGUGCCUUAGAGACACAUCAAUUGCAUCCCUCAACAGAACAUUAUAUGACUAAAAGCAAAAGUAUCCUUAAACAACUUGUCCGUGAUUGGAGUGCAGAUGGAGCGCAUGAGCGCGAGUCUUGCUACCGUUUAGUGCUAAACGAUAUGGCGGCAUUUUAUCCUAUUAAAUCGGAUGAUAAUCAACAGAAUAGGCAGGACAUACAAGUUUUUGUUACUGGCGCUGGUUUGGCUAGACUGGCCUGGGAGCUGAGGAAAGUGGGAUUUUCUGUCACUGGGAACGAGUUUUCAUAUUUUAUGUUAUUGACUUCAAAUUUUAUUUUGAAUGCUUGUCAUGAGAAAGAGGAAUUUACUAUUUACCCUUAUGUUAUGGAUUUUUCAAAUUCUUGGUGCUAUGAAGAUCAAUUAAAGCCAGUUAAAUUUCCUGAUGUAAAUCCUGCUGAUUUUAGUGAUGGAGAUAAGAAUUCUUCGAAGAGAGAGAAUAUUAGCAACAUGGCUAAUGGCUUUGCAAUGUGUGCUGGUGACUUUUUACAAGCUUAUUCAGAUGCUGAGGAACAUUUUGACAGUGUUGUUUCUGUUUUCUUUCUCGACACUGCCGCUAAUCCGAUUGCUUAUAUUCGAUUAAUCUAUAAAAUUUUGAGGAAAGGAGGUUUUUGGUUAAAUUUUGGUCCUUUGACUUAUCAUCAUGAGGACUCUGAUGAUACACUUUCUUUGGAAUUACCGUUUAAUUCAAUUCUACGGCUUGUUGAACAAUGUGGAUUUAAAUUAGAAAAAGUUCUUGAUAAAGAGUCGCAAAAAGAAUCACCUUCGCGGUAUACAUGGAAUAAGGAUUCUAUGCUCCAGUACAAUUAUUAUUGCGGGUAUUUUUUUUAUGGAACGAACGUAAUGGUUGUAAUGCGAGGCGAUGGACUUAUGUCUGCAGAUGUUCGGGGGACGGCAUUGGAUGUUUUGGCAAAUACUGAAUACUUGAUUGUUGGAGGGUCGAAUCAAAUCUCUCUUUACCUUAUGGGAUCAUCUAGUACUAGUACAAUCACAAAAAUUCGUACAAACAGAUCAUUGGUUCGUUUGCUGAAAUUCAAUCCAGUAAUUGCGACUGGACGUUUUGCUAGCGUGUCUGGCCAAUAUAUUGAUAUUUACACACUUGGACAACAUGCACAAAUUCAGCAGUUAGCUUCGUUUACAGCUCAGAAUAGAAAAGUUUCGGAUUUUUGUUGGUGUCCACAUGAUGAACAAUUAAUGAUUAGCUGUGGAGAAUCUGAUUAUGUCAAUUGUUGGGAUUUACGUGUUAAUUUAACCAAGCCGAGCUUUCAAGUAACUGCUGCAUUUGGCGCCAACCAAUCCAAAGUUGCACCUCAUCUUCAAAAUUUUCUUUUAACAACGCAUGGGUCUGAUACACGUCUAUGGGAUUUGAGGCAUACUGUUCAUCCGAUUAUGCAAUUUUCAGCCCAUGAUUCGCGUGUACUUUGUCUUGAUUGGCAUCCACAUUGCCAGAUGCCGAACAGUUUUUUCACUUCUGCGAAUGAUUCAACACUUAAGGUAGUUAUUUUGCUUAUUUUUAAUAAAUAUUCUUAUCAGCUUUGGAAUAUGUCAAAUCAACAAAAUUCACCAACAGUUCUAAGCGUUGCUCAAUUUAGCGCUUGGAGACUUGUUUUUUCGUUUGAAGGCCAGGAAUUGGCUGCAUUAGCAUUACCACCUGUUAAUGCACUGGCACUUUAUUCAAAUUAUGGAUUAGAAAAUCCACGUCUUCUUCGGAAUGAACUUCGGGAUGAAAUGUCUACUCCUAUAUUACAAACAAAAGCUGAUGAAGAAAGUGAUAGGCUUGUAGCGGUUUCUGAACAACGCCAACAUUCUGCCAGUGAACUUGAACGACGCCAUUUUUCUAUAUUUGAAGCUUUUGGAGCUGAAAAUUUAUCAAGCAAUGAAUCAGAUAAUACAGAAAAUUAUAAAAUUGUCACCACAUUAACUUCUGAAUUCGAGAAAAAUAAAACUUUUGAAGACGAACAUGUUCAACAACAGCAUAAUCAAAUGGAUGAACACAAAUUAAUUUCGCCCACUGCUUGUCAAAAUUUGGCACUUGAAACUGAAGAAGGUAGUCUUAGCCCCCGGCGUACUAUUCCAGCAUCUGCUUCUUCAUCAUCACUCGGUCCCAUCAAAGGACAUCAACAAAUCCCCUCUACUGCUGGUAGCACUAUUCCACAAUCACCUAGUUAUUCUGAAUGGCAACGUUGGAUUAAAGCACCAAAUACAAUUGGAGGUGAUCUGUUAACUGAAUUAGAAGCACUUAGAAAGCAUACAACUGAAGGUCUUUACACAACUGAGGUAUUUGUUGACAUUUUACAAAAUGAUUCCCCAUUUACGUCUGCCAAAGCAUCAUUGUUUCUCACACUUUUACAGCAAGAAUGUGAUGAACAAUUUAAAAUUACUAGUGAUCAAACUGUUCUUUGUAGAGUUUUUGGCCCACCCCCUUCUGCUUCAUCGAUUAUUGAUACGUCUAACCAAUAUCCCUCAAAAGCAAGUUCCCAAUCUGAUUCGACCGGUGAUGAAAGAAAUCUGCUUGCUUCCUUAGCUGCCGAAGCAACUGAAAGGGGGUCAAUUAUUUUUGGUGAAAGUGAUACAUUAGCACCUAAUCAUAAACAAUUGGAAGCAGUUCCUUGUUCAUAUAAACCGUCUCCUUAUGAUAGUAGAGUCCCUACUCCUAGAAAUUGUGGAGCACGAUUUAAUCGGUAUCUAGUUGCUUUUGGAAUUGUUGAUCAUAUUUAUAUUCGAAAGAAUGAGGAUUUUUGUGGAGGUGUUUCACAUCAAUUAACGGUUGAUGACAGAAGGGAAGAAAGAAGUAUUCCUCGUAUAGUUCCUAUGCCCGCAUCAAUGCGAGGCGUGCAAAUUGAAAAAUCUGUUGGAAUAAAAUCCGAUGGUAUUCGUCCUCAACAGUCAGAAAGUCAAUCACCUUAUCCUCGUUCCUUGGCUGAAUAUUGUAUUUUUGUAAACCCAACGCCACCAUCUUGUCUCCGUCAAUCUUCUUCAACCUGGAAUGGAUCUUUUCAGUAUUCUCCUCCAAUAAGAUCAAUAAGUUAUGUUAUACCUCCUACUAUUGCACAUGGGUCAAAACCUCAUAGUAUUUCUGAGUCUAUGAAUCAACUAUGUUCUGGUGUGAGUGGAGAAUAUCAGAAGAAAGUGGGAGAAGUUGAGUCAUUAAAGCAAUCACAUCAACAACAGAAAACUCAAUUUAUACAAAUUAGCCAACAAAGACCAAUAAUAAGUGAUUCACGCAUUUUUGGGACUUCUCCAAAUUCAUCAUCAAUAAUAGAACCAUAUGGACAUAGUUUUUCACUUCAAAAUGUUAUGCAUUCUAUUCGACAUCGAGGUAAUUCAAUGUCGAGUGCACUUCCACAAACAACUGUCGGGGAUACAUCUUCAUCAGUAGAGCAAUUAACAACAUCGUCAACGUUUCAUAAACAAUCAAUUGACGAAAAUUUAUUUUUAGGACUGGCAGCGGUUAUGCCUGAACAAGUAUUUAAUUCAACUGUUCUAAUAUACGAUGCUUCAACACUUCUUCCAAUUUCACAGCCGUUGGCCAAAACAUACAAAUUGCUCGGUGAUAAUCCUUCUGAAAUUUGUCGUCAUAAUUUUGAACAAGUACUUAAAUAUGGUUGUGGCCGGUCUGAUUUAUUAGCACUGUGGCAAUUUCUUGAGCAAUUAAUUUCCUAUUCAAAACCUUUCUCUUCAGCACAAAAUGGUGAUAAUAAAAAAUCUAUUCAUCUGCAAUUUGGCCGUCUCUACAAAAUCGAAUCUGCGAAAAUUCUACGCGCUGCUAGAUCAGUUGAAUUAACAGAAAUUCCAUGGAAUUCUCACCCACUGGGAAGAGAAUUAAUAAAUAGAUUAUUAGAGCAUUACGUAUCCAAAUCUGAUUUGCAAACAGCCGCAGUUAUUAUUUGCUUGUUUAAUAUCACUAAAAAUAACAACGUCCCCAGGAGUAAGAUUCGUAGAAGAUCAACAACUUGGACAGACAAUACUAAAAUUGGAAUUAUUAAGCAAAGCAAAACAACUGAAGAUAACACUAUUAAUAUUAGACCACCAACAAAAACAAUUUCAACAUCCUCUUCUUCAGCGGCAUUAUAUAUGCAACAAAAUAUUUCUUCUAUGCCAAUUACUACUAUAUCAGAACAUAAUGUUACAGCAAUAAUUCCACAACAUCUUAACCGUAAAACUUCUGCGGCAUCAAAUACAGCCUUUUCAGCAAAUGCUCCUCUUGAUCAAUUUUAUACGACUAGAGGAAGACAAUAUGUAGAAACAAUAACAUCUGCAAAGUCAGCAAUUACUACAACUGUUGACCGUUUAUCUCCUUCCCCUGAAUACUUAUCGUCUUCCUCUCCAAAACCAAAAACAACUUAUACUUUACCUGCAAGGAAAGAAAGGAAUAAUAAUUUAUUGUCUUUGGAUCCAGCACUUUCUAAUCGGUUUAAUGAAGUUAAACGUAUAUAUGCUGAUAUUCUUUAUCGAUGGCGAAUGUAUAAAAAAUGUGCUGAAGUUCUUAAACAUUGUGAUAGUGCUAAAAACGAUGAGUCAAUUGAAAUAAUAAAAACUUUAAUUUGGUGUCACUUUUGUGGACAACAAAGAAGAGGAGAUUCUUCUUGUUGCAUAAAGGGACGGAGAACAUCAUCGAUUGGUAUGUUAUUUACAAAUUAUUUAAUAAAGUAUUUCUUUGGUAAAGGGAUGUUUUUGUUUUUUUUUCGAUUCAGCGUUAAGCACUUUAACAAAUAUCCUUUUACCCAGAGAUUUUCUACCAAUUAUUUUAGUUUGUUCAAUAUGUGAACGUCCAUGUAAAGGUAUCGUCACAACUUGUGUAACUUGUAGCCAUGGUGGACAUUUAACACAUUUGGCAACAUGGUUUGAUACACAAUCACAAUGUCCACUCGGCUGUGGAUGUGAAUGUAAAUUUUGAAUUAUUUCAUAUGC